UUCCAGGAAUAUUUUGCACACCGCACUUAAUAACCACAAGCGGACGAGGUAACGGCAACAGCGCAAACUUAGGGCGUCGAAGUCCAAUAGAAACAAAUGAAAUCCGGUGCGUAGUAACCGAAAUCUUGGCUUACUAGAUUCAGAGUCGUGUGCUACCCUCGAGGGUUAUAAAUUGACAAAAAAGGACUUUUACUAAUUCAAAUAACUGUUGUGAUCACGCUGGCGAGAUACCAGGGAUCAUGAAGACCAUUGCCGUUUUCGUUGCUAUUAUAGCGCUCAGUAGCGCCGCUGACGAGUGCUACAAGGAUAUUUAUGCUACUUGUGCUAACACACUCUCAAAGCAACCUGGCAAUCUAAUUUCCAAAUGUGACUCCAAAUAUGGAGCAAUAGACAAUUUGCAACAUGACCUCCAAAGGUUCACAAACAACCUCCUCUUCCGCUCGUUCGACUUUCUCCUUUUAUCCACCCACUACGGAAACUACAUCAAGAAUCGUCCAGGAUUCGAAAAACUCUUCCGUGGACUCUCCGAUGACCUCUGGCAAGAUGGUAUUGACACCAUCAAGUAUAUCACCAAAAGAGGUGGUCAGAUGAACUUUAAUAACAUCCCUGCUGAGAUUCAACAGUCGCAAGGACCAUUGGAACUGUAUGAAUUGCACGCAUUGGGUAAAGCUUUGGACGUGGAGAAACAAUUAGCCAAGGAGGCAUUUGAAAUCCAUAAAACUGCUUCCGGAAAGACCCAUGAACACCACGACCCAGAAGUCGCCCAUCAUUUGGAAGAGAAGUUCAUGGAGAAACACAGGGAUACCAUUAGGACCCUUGCCGGACAUACCAGGGAUUUGAGCAGUAUGCUUGAUGGCCCCGAUGCCUCACUAUCUUUAUACCUCUUCGAUGAAUAUCUUCAGAAAUAAUUUUAAUUGUGAUUUAUUAAGUGAUAUAGCGCUUGUAUUAUAAGGAUAGAGCACAGUAAAUUAUGUCAUUAUUAAUAUUUAGGAAGAAACUGAUGUUUUUUUAACUUAGAAAAUAAGAAACAAUGCGUUAAUAAAGUUUUAAAUGGUUUCAA